AGGCCAGCACUGAAAAUGGUUGAAGUGGAUCUAACUUCUGUGUUCGUGAUCAACUCAUUGUGCUGGAUGCUGCUGUGCACUUAUGGACGAAAACCGAAGGAAAACGAACUGCUACAGAACGAUAUUAAACGAACCAAAAAAUACAUGGGUCGAUUGAAACAGAUCAAAGAUCGAAAGUUGGCGCCCCGCUUGAACCAGCAAGCGGCAAAAAAUUUUGUGCGAAAUGCACUGUGGGACCCAAGAGGACCACAGUCCAGUACCUCAAAUGUAAUUUUUUUUUUUUUGAAUCAUUUUAAUACUCAGUUUUUCUUCCACUUUUUUUGUAUGUAUUGGCAUUGCGGGCUUUUUCACAAAUAUUAUUUUUCGGGAUUUCUUUUUUAUAUUCACAUCGACAUGCAUGUACGCUUGAUACAACUAGCAUUGCCAGCUUCUUCAGAUGUAUUAGUUUCAGUAGUCUUUCCUUUUCCAUUUUUGUCUUCAAAGAUCCUUCCUGCAUUUUGAAA